AUGGCAGACGCUGGAGAUAAUCAGCAAGAAGCUGAGAGAAGAAGCGAUGAAACAGAGUCGAGAUCCAUUAAAGAACCGAAGGAGAAAGAAGACGAAGAUGAGAAUCCUCAGGAUCAAAUACAGAGCAAAGAGAGGAUGAGGCAGUCGAGUCCGUAUCCAGUUCGUCCCGGUAAAAAAGACUGUCAGUUUUACCUCAAAAAUGGUCUGUGUCGCUAUAGAAGUAGUUGCCGUUUCAAUCAUCCUACUCAACGUCCACAAGAGCUUCCGGUGAGGAUUUGUAAGCACAUUAUGGACAGAAAUGUUGCAGAGCCUAUGUAUCAGGAUUGGAGAGAGAGUGAAUCAGAACGGAGAUUUGAUGAGAGAACUCAGCGCACAUUUGGUGAUGAGAGAACUCAAAGAAGAUAUGGAAUAGAGUACUCAGGAGCCAGGCCAGAGAAGAGGUCCAAGAUUGUUCCGGAUUUUCAAAUGCGUGAUCCAAGACACCAUGAUACAGAGUGGAGAUUCGAGCGAGAGAGGAUGGAACGAAUUGAAAGGCAGAGGAGAGAGGCUGAAGAAAAUCUGCAAGAACAGAGACAGAGAGAUAGCAUUGAGAGGCAGAGGAGAGAGGCUGAAGAAAAUCUGCAAGAACAGAGACAGAGAGAUAGCAUUGAGAGGCAGAGGAGAGAGGCUCAAGAGAAUCUGCAACAACAGAGACAGAGAGAUAGCAUUGAGAGGCAGAGGAGAGAGGCUCAAGAGAAUCUGCAACAACAGAGAUUACAGGACAUGCCAGAGAAUCACAACGUAGAUGAUCAACAGAAUCUGCAGGAACAGAGACGGAUAAGCAUUGAGAAGGAGAGAACAGAAGCUCGUUUGAGACUAGAACAGAUCCGACCCACUGUUUCAUUUCCAAUAAACGAAUUUAUUCGAGCCGUAGUGUUGCUGAGAGAACUGAUAGAGAAUUGGGAUGAUAAAGCUUGGAAGAAAUAG